UCUUCAAAACUUCAAUUUCCAACAUCUUUCUAUACAUCUCAUGAUUAAUUCAUUCUAUCUCAUUUUUCAUUUUUUUUUAUAUAAGUUAAUUACAACUUCUGUACGUGUUCAUAUAAUUAACGUAGUUUUUCUACACUAAAAUGUGUUAUAACUUACUUAAUGAUCAUCCAUAAACUGUCGGUGACUCACUCACUUUCUUAUUUUUCCUUUCAUCAUUGUCAACAAAAACACACAAAAAGAAAGAAAAAGUAAAUAGAGAUGUUGAGACUCAGCUGUGAUUCAUCUUCACAUAAGUCAACCCCUCCUCUGUCUUCUUCCCGCCAUUCUAGUGAUGUUCAUAGUGGUUCUUGGAAAAAUAACAAUGGGCAGAUUAAAAUUGGCAAAGAAGAUGAUGGUGGUGAUUUACUAGAUAUGUCACCAAGGCCUUGCUACAAUUUUACUCCAGAGAAUGUAAAGUUGGGAAAGAUAUUGCCUGAUCAUCAAUCAUUUAGUUGCUCUGAGUCAGAGAUGACACCGUGUUCUACUUCUUUUUCUUCCAUCACUUCCCAUGGUACACCCAAUUCAAAGUCAUCAAUGGAAUUGGUGAAAGAGAUCAAUGCCCUUGAAAUGGAAAUUCUUCAUUUGGAACGUUAUCUACUUUCAUUGUACCGGACAAGUUUUCAAGACCAUGUUGAUUGUAUACAAUAUAACGAGUCCCCUGUAGAACGUAAGAUAAAAUCACAACUACAACUUGUUACUGAUCAGAAAGUCAGCUCUGAUGCUUGGUUAAGUGGUUAUGGUGGUCAACUUUACCCUCUGCAGGAGAGAAUUACGGGUUUAAAAGAUCCCAUUAGUCCCGUCACCUCGAAUUCAUCAUCUAGGAAAGAGAGAAAAGCUGCUCGUUAUACUCAUCGUAGUCUUGGGGAUCACCUUGGAACUCCUUGUACCGAUAAUGCCCUUCUUGAUGGGCCUGAUAGACUAUCUGAAGACAUAAUCAGAUGCAUUUCUUCCAUCUACUGCAAGCUAGGGGAUCAAAAUCAAUCUCCAUCUGGACCUUUGGUUUCGUCUGCUUCAUCCUUGACCUCAUCUGGUACAAAUUGCACCCGAAAUCUUUCUGAUACAUGGAGUCCUUAUUGCAAUGAGGAAGCUACUUGGAACAGUAAACAGGAAAGCUUAAAAGAGGAAAGAGGUCCUUAUGCUGCAAUGAUAGAAGUUCUGAAGAUAAAUGUUGAUGAUGAUGGUUUUAAUUAUGCGGCGAAGAUGCUAAAGAAAUUCAGAGCAUUGGUAAAAAAGCUUGAGAAUGUUGACCCCGGGAAAAUGAAGCGAGAACAAAAGCUUGUGUUUUGGAUCAACAUUCAUAAUGCUUUGGUGAUGCAUGCUUAUUUAGCAUAUGGAACACCCAAUAACACAAAAAGCAAUUCCAUUUUAAAGGCAACUUAUAACAUUGGGGGACAUUCCAUCAAUGCAUAUAUCAUACAAAUCUCUAUAUUAGGAAUCAAAUCACACUUUAGAGCACCGUGGCUACAGUCACUGCUGUCCCCAGGGAGGAAGCUGAAGACGGAGCCCAAUAAACAUAUAUAUGCCAUUGACUACCCAGAGCCUCUAGUCCAUUUUGCCCUUUCGUUAGGGGCAUUCUCUGACCCUGCGGUACGUAUCUACAACGCAAAGAACGUUUUUCAGGAUCUAAGGGUCGCUAAAGAAGAGUUCAUACAAUCAACGGUUUACGUGAACAAAGAAACAAGAAUAUACUUACCAAAAAUCUUGUAUUACUUUGCAAAAGAUAUGGCAUUGAGUAUGUCAAAUCUUUUGGAGAUGGUUAAUGCAUGUUUACCACAACAUCAACGAAUAGUCAUGAAAACAAGCAUCAAAGCAAAACCCGAAAAACACGUAUAUUGGUUGUCACAAAGUUGUAUAUUUCGAUACGUGAUUCAUCGAAACAUAGCUGAAGGAAGACUGUCUAUUUGAUGUUUAAGCUUUGUUUGUGCAUUUGUGAAACUUGAGUAAAUUUCUUAGUGACUCUCAGAGUGUAUAGAGGUGUUUAAAGGACUAUGAAUAGUUGUGUAUGAAGUUUGAACACACAUUAUAUGCAUUCAUUUGCCUUUUUUGUGAGGAUGAUCUCUUUUUUGUCAAA